UCNACGAAAAGCGCGGUCAUGCUAGACGGAGAACUGUCAAAAUUCUUCGACAUUGAGCAGGGGGUCCCACAAGGUUGCACGCUGUCCCCAACAUUGUUCCAGGUGUUCAUCAACGAUCUGUUGGAAGUCGUAGAGGCAGUCCGGAAGGGAGUAAAAGUAGGGGACACGGAAACGUCGGUUUCAGGAAUGCUGUUUGCGGAUGAUUUUGUCGGUAUGUCGGACACCCCGAGGGACUGCAACUGCACAUUGGCGCGGCGCAACAAGUUUACUGAUAAGUGGAGAUUGUCUGCCAACGUUCAGAAGAGUGCCGUCAUGGUAUGCAACGAGAACAAGGAGGAACCAAACAUAGAUGGAAGUGGGGGAUCGAGGAGAUUGCAGUAGUGGACCAGUACACAUACCUGGGAGUAGAGAUCGCAAAAGACUGCUCGUGGAAUGCACACAUGUCCAAGGUAGCGGAAAAGGGCAAAGCACGAGCAGGGAAGCUGCACCCAAUACUCGCAAACCGGCACCUCGAUACACGCAUCAAAUUGACGGUUUUGAAGAGCGUAAUCGUACCGCCGCUAGAGUACGCCGGAGAAGUGUAGGAAGGAAAUGAGAAGGUAGUGAAAGAAGUCGAGGCGGCGCAGAUGGAAGCAGCGAAAACCAUCCUAGGAUGCUCCAGGCGCACAAGUAAUGCAGCCGUGAGGGCAGAAUUGGGGAUCCAAUCCCUACGGUCGGGAAGAGACGCGAGGAAGCUGACAUGGCAGUAUCGCAUGUGCGGGAUGGGAAAAGAGAGGUUGCCGAGAAUCAAUUGUAUGGGAGGCGAAGUUGGCAAACAAGAAGAGGGGUAGGCAACCCACGGAAUGGGUCAAGGUUGUAGAGGACGUAUGGAAGGGGCUCGACAUCGACGAAGAUGAAACGCUGGAAACGGAGGGUCUAAAGGAGUUCAAGGAGAAGAUAUCUGUUGCUUGUGCCGAGAGAGAAGAACAGCAUCUAAAGAAAGGAACCAAGGAUAAGGAGGGUUUAGAAGUGUACGGAAUGUUGAAGGAAGGAAUAGGGUUCAAGGAUUACCUACAUGGACCAAUGGAUGCAGGAACAAAGCUUAAGGUCAAAUUCAGGACCGGGGACAUGGGCCUUCGAGAACGUAGACGAAGAGAUAGGACGGUAGACGAGGGAGACGACGAGUUCAAAUGUGAUUGUNGAAGAUAUCUGUUGCUUGUGCCGAGAGAGAAGAACAGCAUCUAAAGAAAGGAACCAAGGAUAAGGAGGGUCUAGAAGUGUACGGAAUGUUGAAGGAAGGAAUAGGGUUCAAGGACUACCUACAUGGACCAAUGGAUGCAGGAACAAAGCUUAAGGUCAAAUUCAGGACCGNGGACGGUAGCUGUACUGGGGCAUAGGAGGUGGGUUGAAAAGGCGGGAAGAGAUAUCGUUAGGAUAGACAGACUAGGGAAGACAUUCUGGAGCCACCUUUGGCAAAGUAGAAAGGGACGAUUGGCCAUCGGUGAUCGGCCCUGUGGGAACAAUGCUCCGUCCUCUCGAGGACGCGUGGUCAAUGGUCUAACCGCUAAGGCAUGCAAAACAUAAGAGUAUGCCCCC